CUCCCUCCAGAUCUGAGAGCAGCAGCUCCAGGGAGCACUCGCCUCCAGCUCUCAGCUUCUAGCAGGCUGCACGUCCCUGGAAGGAUCUGCUCUCCCCUCCUGGCAGCAGCUGGAGCCCGGGUCUGAUCUGAGGGUGGUCUGCAUGUGCACAUUGGGAAGAUCCCAGAAUUGCAUCUGAUCUGCCAAGCAAGUGUGUGGAAGAAAUAAACAGAAAUUGGAUCAGGUUGUCCUGGGAGUUGACCUAGGCUCUGCCAGACAUGGUAGGACAUCUGAAUUUACAAGGGAUGGAAGACAGUUUGAAGGACAAGAAUCGGGAAGGGUUAUUGGAUAGUCCGGAUUCUGGCCUCCCACCGAGCCCCAGUCCUCCUUUCUAUUCUAUCUCUCCUGGCAUUACUGACAGCAGAGCUGAGGGCAGCAUUACGCCAACACAAUACCAAGGAUAUGCCUACAAGAAGGAAAGCAAAGAGGGAAAAGUGAUUCCAUAUCUUCUCCUUAACAACUCCCCUCCAGAGUCAAGGCCAAGAAUGCACCCGGUUGUGUUUGGGGAAAGCAUAGAAGUAAAUCCAGAGCCAGUCCAGGAAAUCAGGUGCAAUUCAGAAAUAAAAUAUGAUUCAGAGAAGCACUUUCGAGAUCAUGUGUUUUAUGCCCCAAUUCCAACUGUCACUUCUUUCAGUGAAACAAUUAUCUCCACCCCAAACUGCACGUGGAGAAAUUAUAAAUCUCAGCUACUUUUUGAGCCACGCAACAAGCCUCUGAGGUUUCAAAGCACAACCAUCAUCUAUCCAAAACAUGCCAAGAACAUUUACAGAACAACGCUCAACUACAACUGCGGGGGGCCAAAAAAAUGGUUUGCCUCCAGUGUACAUCUGGAACUGUGUGAGGAAACAAGCCCUUGUAUCAUAUACACUGAUGAUCUGUAAUCCAGAAGCAGGUUUAUCACCAUCUUUUUAAAGAGCCUACAUCGUAACAUUGCGAACAUCGAAGAGAGGAUCUACAGUCUGCAUUGGAAAUUCUUUUUGACUAUGAGUGAAACUGAAGACUUAGACGCUGGAACUGGGUUAACCAGUAUGAUUCUUAUUGAUAAUUUCUUGUAUUUUUUCUGUUUUUUAAUGUUUUUAGGUCAUAUGUGAAAUCAUAAAGAAUUUGACUCUAAUCAGAAAAAUUUGUUGAAAGGGUGGAUUGAGAUUUAUUGUUAAGUCUUGAAUGGAUUCAAAAGUUCCUUUGACUUUCAUGCAGUGUGUGAUCAUCUAACAAUCCCUGCUAUGACCCGGGGUGAAACUAGGGAAAUAAU